CCUCCUAGCUCUCCAUUCCUUUCUCUUUCUCGCGUGUCAGGCGGCGGCGUGAGCGCAGAGCUCCCUUUGGCGUGAGCAGGGCGUGACGGGGGAGCCGUUGCGGGAGGCCCCCGCAGCACCGGGCCCGCCUCAGCAGCGCUCGCUCGGGGAACGGAGCGGCGUGGCCGAGGGAGGCGGCACGAUGAGCAUCGAGAUCCCACCGGGUCUGACGGAGCUGCUGCAGGGCUACACGGUAGAGGUCUUGCGGAACCGGCCGCCGGACCUGCUGAACUUCGCCGCGGAGUAUUUCAGCCGCUUGAGAGAUGCCCGAGACCAGCAGCAGCGAGAGGCGGCCAGGGGCAAAGGGGUGGUCUUCGAUGGAGAGCCGAUGCAGACGGAGUCCAACGGCGAGGACGAGCGGAGGGAAGCCGUCGACGAGGAGUCCGAUUCCGACUUCGAACCUCCUGUUAUUAACAGAUUCAGCAGAAGAGUAUCAGUCUGUGCAGAAGCAUUUAACCCAGAUGAAGAGGAUGAUGAAACAGAACCAAGGGUAGUUCAUCCCAAAACAGAUGAGCAGAGGUGCAGAUUGCAGGAAGCAUGCAAAGAUAUCCUCCUUUUUAAAAACCUAGACCAGGAACAGCUGUCGCAGGUUCUUGAUGCCAUGUUUGAAAGGAAAGUGCAAACUCAGGAACACGUAAUUGACCAAGGAGAUGAUGGAGACAACUUUUAUGUUGUUGAACGGGGACUGUAUGAUAUUUUUGUAGCACGAGAUGGCCAGUCCCGCUGCGUUGGCCGCUAUGAUAAUCGUGGCAGCUUUGGAGAGCUGGCCUUGAUGUACAAUACUCCUAGAGCUGCAACAAUUGUUGCUACAACUGAAGGAUCCCUUUGGGGACUGGAUCGAGUGACAUUCAGAAGAAUUAUACUGAAAAACAAUGCAAAGAAAAGGAAGACCUAUGAACUAUUUAUCGAGUCGGUGCCCCUUCUUAAGUCACUGGAGCCUUCAGAGCGAAUGAAAAUUGUUGAUGUAAUAGGAGAAAAGAAUUAUCAAGAUGGGGAGCGCAUUAUUUCUCAGGGUGAUAAAGCAGACAGCUUUUACAUUGUAGAAUCUGGUGAAGUAAAAAUCUUGAUUAAAAGCAAGACUGUCACAAACAAGGAUGCAAACCAGGAGGUGGAGAUUGCUCGGUGUCAAAAAGGACAGUAUUUUGGAGAGCUUGCACUUGUUACCAACAAACCAAGAGCUGCCUCUGCGUAUGCUGUUGGAGAGGUCAAAUGUUUAGUUAUGGAUGUACAAGCGUUCGAGAGGUUACUCGGGCCCUGUAUGGACAUUAUGAAGAGGAAUAUAACACAUUAUGAAGAGCAGCUGGUGGCAUUGUUUGGUUCUAGCUUGGACCUGACCGAUCCAGGCAAUUAGGCACAAAGUUACCUUAGUGCCUUCUCAGUUCAAGACACAGAAGAGCCUCCUAUUAGCAGCACCACACAAAUGAAAUAUGGACACUACGGGACAGUGGCUGUUGGUGUCUUCUUGGGCAUUUUUUUUAGAAACCUACAUAGGUCUCAGCACAGCUGGGUGGGUCAAGGCUCGCUCCAGGCCUCUGCUUUGCUGCUGAAAUUUCAUUAUUAGACCUAGCUUACUGCUGAGUUUCUUAAUCCCCCUUUCACUUUGCUUGGUUCAGAAUGGCAUGUCUCUCCAACAAUUUAAGUGCCUGAUACAAAGAUGUGGAGCCCUCUCUGUUGUUCUCACUUUUUUAAAGAAAGGGAAAAAUGACAAAAACGUUUGCAAGUGAUUGGGGGUGGGAGGUGGCUCUUCCUUGCCUCAGGGACAGCCACCUCCUUAUAGUAUCUUAUUUUCAGUGUUUUCUUUUCCCUCUGAAUACCGCAAACUGCAUUUAAUGAUGAUUUCCUUGGAUUUGAAAUAGUUGUGAACUUUCCAAGAGGAUGGAGAUGUGUCAGAACUUGCGAGCUUGUUAGGCCUGAACUGUUGUGCCAUCUGUGGGAUAUGGCAGGUACUUCAGCUCCUAUGGUUUAAGAACUCAACGGGAGCAUGCCUAGUCAAUAAGGGGUAAUGAAACAAAAUACUGAAACGUGAGCUGUAUCUGUAACAGCAUUUUUAAGGCUUCAUGGAAUUUGAAGAAUAGUCCAAAGGAUCCAGUGGCCACAAGAAUGUUGCAUCUGCAUUGUCCCCCAAAACUGUUGUUGUCUAUUAGAUUGAAUUGAUUUGUGACUUCAUGAAAAACAAACAGCACAUAAUCCAAGUUCCUGCUCAUGGAGAUUCUUUGUACUCCUAGAUUCCAUAAGGCACUCACCUGGGCAGAAUGGAGUUUUAAUGCUGUUUUUUUAAAAAUAGAAAUUCGAUUUUUUUGGGUGGGGGAGGGUAAUUUGAAGAAAAUAUUUACAGCCUAAAGGGACCUCCCUUCAGCAACAGUGUUUUACAGUUGCCAAGUCUAUUUACUAAAUCUUUUGAAAAUUAUCAACCUUUUACUUCAGAAGUGAAUGAUUUUUUUAAAAAAAUGAUAAAACGAAAAAAUUUGCAUUUACUCUUUGGACAACUGGCAUGCAAAUACAGGAUUUUUUUGAGCUAAGAUUCAGUCAAUGACAUUCUCUAAAAAAUAUCAGCUAAGUCAGUAACAUUUUUAAACUUAGGCAUCAGUUUCUGCGGUAAGGCUUUCCAAAAGUAACAUCUGGAUUCAGUUUUAUCUUAGUGUGAUCCGAAGAAAUGGACCUUAAAAUUGGUCUGUCGAAGCAUUAAAAUUUAAGAUAUCGAACCAGUAAACAGUAAUUUCAAUUUCAGUCUUUUCAUUAUAAUUUUUUUUCUUAGCAUGUUAUAAAUAGUUCACAGAUAGAAUUAUACUGAUUGUGGGUUUCUGAUUGAUACAAUAAACCAGUAUUUACUUAUGGCCCUGAAAUAAUUCCACCACCUGGAAUUCAUCUUUCCUGGCAGCCCCACAAGAUAACCUGCAAGUUCUCUCCCAGUCAGUGUCCAUUUUCUGAACUGCAAUGAUUUCUUUUCCUGUAUUGGUAAUUUAUGAUUUAAUUUUAAUAUGUUGUUAAAUCAGGGUAUGAUAUUCUACUAGUUUGAAGGCACAAGGCCUUUUUUUUUUGUAACAAAUGCCUUUGCAAAAGAUACUAAAUUCCUGGUGAUCAUAUCAUGUUCAUUUUUCUAAUGCCUUUGUUACAGGAGACAUGUUCGCUUACAGUCUCAGAAGCCAGAAGAAAAUACACAACUUUCAUCAUAAGAUUUUUUACACCAAAGAUACUGUUUUUAAUUGUAGGAUUAUUUCUUUGUAAACUUCUUCUAGGCUAUGAAUUUAAUGAAGGGAGUUAAGGAAAAACAAAUCACUGUGGAAAAGACAUGGAUUGUGCAGCACUGCUGGUAUUUCCCAGCCAGUCUUGCUUGAAUAUUCAUGAAGACUUUGCCAGAUUUUCAAAUGAGCCGAACUUAUGCCCCCUAGAUAAAGAUUUUGAGCCAUUGUGUAGGUUUCCCUCUCAUAUAGGCAUCCCAUUUGUCCCAAAGGCUUUUGUGAUGGACUGUUGGGUGCUAGUUAAUACUACUUUGCUUUCAUAGUGCAUAGACUACACAAAGUUGCUUCUUUCCCACCUGGCCAAAAUCAAAGAACAUUUGCUGUGGUUCUCUUUGAUGGAACUGGAGGGAAAAAGAGAUCGAAUAGGGCAAUGAACAAUGUUCAGGAAGCCAUACACAGAACUGAAAGCCAGGGUGAGGGGUGAAUAGGGCCCUGAUUGUUGAUCUUGAUCUGUAUAUUUCCCAGGAAAAAAUAACACACAUACCCCAGAAAACAAUACCUCUCAGUGCUGAGUUGCACAACCCCAAACUGGGAUCUUUGUUUCAAUGUGUAAAAUCUUUUUAUCUGCAUACAUAUGUAAUAGUGAAAUGAUUACAUUAAUUACUUUCUUAAGAGCACAAAAAGAAUUCCACCUGUAGGUUCCAUCAGAAUGAUAACCAACCUUUUGUGUGCGUGUGAGGAGAGGGGUUGGAUUCUAAAGCAAGUCCAAUUUGUGGAUGUAUAUGUGGGUUACCCCAGUGCUGAGAAGAGAACAGCAGCAUUUUUGGAAAUGAGCCAUUGGGAUUUGUCUGAAUAGUAAUGAUUUGGGGUUUGUAAGGGAUUUAUUGUGCAAUAUUUACAAUGCUCUAACUCUAGCUUCUAGUCAUGUAUUCCACUUACGCCUCUCUCCUUCCAGCUGGUGUCUGACAAUGUGAUUCUGUUUCAUCUUAAGAUCCCUUCUUCACUCUGGCCAUUAACUUUUUUGACUUUUUAUUUGAUCAUUCUCACAAAUGUUGUGUUUUCUCUUUAUAUCACUCUGUGUAAGGGGGGGAAGAAAUCUGCUAUUGCUUUGCAUAAAGCCAUUGGUGAUGUCUAGCUUUAAUAAGAGAACUCAGCAGCAAAGUGGCUAAUGAGAGUGGUGGUGUCUGAGACUGUAUCUUUUUAAAAACUUUCUGAUCGUCAUUUUUGAAGUCACUGGGAAGAGAUUAGUGUCCUGGUAUUAUAUUUCUGUUAUUGUCACAGCAGAAGUUUUCACAAUGUAUUAAAACUAAAGCCCCUGUCUUUAAAAACAAUCAGCGAGAGAGUGCAGAUUUGCACAAAGGAAAAGGCAACCCCUUUGUUACUUUUUUCUUUUCAAUUGUUCCAGGCAUGUGUUUGUAAACCAGUCUUGCCAAAAAUACAACUUCUCUGGUUUUUUUCACUCCA